UUUGUUAUGGAUUGAGUCGAGGAACCAAGAUGGCGGCGUAAGGUACAGACCUGUGCGCGCUGCCUCCCACAACAACAUUGAGUCUACCAACUAUAAGACAAACAGCUAUCAUUCAGAACCAUGGGAAAGCUGGCCCAGUGGAAGCUCUAUAACUGGAAGGAAAAAAAGAAGAGAGGUACGGAGUCACGCGCCAGGCGGGCUGCAACUGGAUGCGCGGUUUUUUUCAAUCGGAAGGGGCUGCAGACUCUCGAGUCCACUGAGCUUGUUUGGGGCGGGAUUCUGAGGUCCCAGACCCCUACAGGGAGAGGCAGGACAGCCUUGCAAGGGGCCGGAGACGAGAGUGGCUGUCUCGUGGAGCUGCUCGCCGACACUCGAGGACGUGAGACGCGGAGUCGUGGAGAGGUGAGGAGUCGUGGAGAUGCCAUUGCCCCUUGCUCCGCCCUGGUGAUUCCCGGGGACCCCACCCUACUCGAUUUACAUUCCCACCCAAGCUGUGCAAGUGGCACAAAGGGAACCACCAGCGCUUUUGCAGCCCAGCCCAGCAGAAUGCAGAUUUCAACUCCUCACAUACAUAAGGGACACACUCAAGAAGCAGAAUCAGGUUCGGAGGAAGCCGGAGCCGGAUCCGGCUGGGCCGAGGACGUGGAACCACUGUACCAGCAAACGCAAAGGCAGGUCCACCAGAUCCAGUCUCACAUGGGACGCUGGGAGACAGCAGACAGGCAAUCUGUGCACUUGGUAGAAAAUGAAAUACAAGUAAGCAUACCAGAUAUUCAGCCACCAGGAAAGCCUGGAGAUUUUGUCCAGCAAGGAGCUGCCCAACAAAGGACAUAAUGCCAAACUUUGUGUUACUGAGAUGGCCCCGUGAGGCCAAGACGACCCCCGUGAGGCCGAGGUGGCCCUGGGGAGGUUGAGGCGACCACAGGGAGGUUGAGACGGCCCCGGUGAGGCAGAGACAGCCCCGGUGAAGCUGAAUCGGCCCUGGUGAGGCCGCGACGGCCCCGGUGAGGUCGGGACGGCACCAGUGAGGCUGCGACGAGCCCGGUGAAGCUGAAUCGGCCCUGGUGAGGCCGCGACGG